CUUGUUAUUUUUUAUAAGAACCCCUUUCUCCUUGUUAACUCGCUCUUUGUUAUUAAACCAGAAAGGCUGAAGAAGAAGAAAAAAGAGGAGUCUAAGAAGCUGCCCUGCUAGAUUCUUUCUCUUUUGUAAACAAACCCAGCUGCAGUUUAGAGCGUUAUCUAAAAGUUUCAAUGGAGGAUGAUACUUGGAGCUCUGCCCUCUCGGCUUCAUCUAGGAGCUAUCAAUCCACUCUUAAAUCCCAUAGUGAUCUUUUUAUUGAUUUUGAAGAGAUUGAAGAAGAUGAUGAAUUGAUGACGGAAUACCCCUGCCCGUACUGUUCGGAGGAUUUUGAUUUACUUGGAUUGUGCUGCCAUAUCGACGAGGAGCAUCAUCUUGAAGCUGGCUAUGGGGUAUGUCCUGUUUGUGCUCAGAGAGUGGGUAUGAACAUGGUUGACCACAUAACAACACAGCAUGGGAAUAUCUUCAAGAGUAACCACAAAUUAAAGUUUCAUAAAGGCGACUCUGAUUCACCUCUUUCUUCCUUGAGGAAGGAGUUGCAUGAUGCGCAUUAUCAAUCUCUUCUUUCCAGGUCGUGGUCUUCACUUUCUUCCUCCAAUACUGGACCCGAUCCGUUGCUUUCAUUUCUUUACAGUGCACCUCCUGCUGAUUCAUCGGAAAGUGUACAGUCUGCCUCUCCUACUGAAGUGACCUUGGAAGAAAAAGGCUCAAAUGAGAAAGUGAUAGAAAAAGAUGUUCACCCGUUGCCAUUGUCGGAUAAGGAGCACUUGGAGAAGGCGAGCAAGUGUGAGUUUGUACAAGGGCUAUUGUUAUCAACCAUAUUCGAUGGUGGCUUAUGAUCAAGACAGAAGUGAAAGACGGACCGCCACUUCCAUCUUUUAACAAACGGGCCGUCAUCCAUGAUCUUGCAUUGAUACUUCAAUGUAGAAGCUAGGGAUAGAUUCAAGAAUGUAAUGUAAUUUAUGUAAUAAGUUGUUGUUUUAUCAAUUAAGGCCCCAACAGAGAUCAAACUCUUGUGUUUUUCCAGUUUAAAGCAUCAGUUCAUAAAAGCCAUUAUACCAGCUUUGUUUAAAGCUUACAUUUGCUAGUAAACCUGAAUGUAUAGCUUCAUAGGUAUUUAAUAAAAUCGAACGAUUAUUUCAGUAA